CAAUCCGGGCGGUGUUGACACGUGUUCCCAUCAAUCACCGAGUGGAGAGUUUGUGCCACGCAACAUUUACCUGACAAAUGGGACAAAUGGGAAUAAAUGUUCUUUGUCAGAUAAUUACCUAGACGAUGAAGGGUGAACAAACGGCGGGACGGGACCGGGGCCAGGGAGGGAACCGUGCUGCAAGCUUUCGGUAAAUACUGCGGGCAACACAGCGGAUCGGGGCACUGACACACUGGGCAGGCGGCGUGGUUAGCGUUCUCCCUGGACCGCAGCGGGCUUCCUGAACCGGACAGCCAUCUUUUCACUUCAUCAGCAGGUAGAACAGAAGUGGUCCUCUAUCCAGGUGAAGCAACAGGUGGGAGGAAUGUCGGCAGGUGCGCCGGUGUAGCCGCUCUACAGGUGUCUACCCCCCACCGACCCUGAACUGCGAACAGGUGCGAUACGGAAAAUGUUUCACCGGACAAUCGUGUGUUUUUACCUGGCGACUCGAGGUUGGGACCUAAGCGGAGGGACGGACUAGUCCGCCCGACACGGGCUGCUGAAGGAUGGCGGUGGAAGACUGUAUUCGCUGCGUCAAGUGUUUGCUGUUCGCCUUCAAUGUACUGUUUUGGAUCAUCGGCCUGGCUAUCGUGGCGGUGGGCACCUGGGUACGAGAUCACGUGUCGGCCCUGAUCAGCAUAGGCGCGGUGAUGGAGGACACGGGAGGAGGGUACUUCGUGAACGUGUACUACCCCGUCAUCGUGUCCGCCUCAUGCGUCAUGAUCCUCGUCGGCUUCCUGGGCUGCUGCGGCGCCAUGACGGAAAACCCCGCCUUGUUAGGGAAGUUUCUUGUUUGCUUGAUGUUGAUAUUCUUCGUUGAACUUGGCGGAGGUUUGUGGGCAUACAAACACCCAGACGAGGAUCCUUUUCCAAGACGGGAUGACGAAGUUGCAAUUCUAUCGAGAAGAUUGAGAUUUUACGGAGACAGAAAUUAUGGUGAAGUCACGAAAGGCUGGGACUUCAUACAGAACGAGUACCACUGCUGUGGUAUGACUAGUUACCGGGACUGGUACCGGCUGCCCGCCUGGCCCAGUCAGACCUGGGUCCCGGACUCCUGCUGCAGGCUACCGGCCGAGGGCUGCGGUCAUGCUGAGAGGGGCGACGAUUACUUCAGUCAGGGGUGCAGCUUUUACGUGCUCGCAUUUUUCGAGGACAGCAGACAAAUAAAAAUGAUGAAGUGGUUGGGAGUCUGCAUGGGGGUUAUACAGAUGAUGAGCAUGAUGCUUACGCUGCUACUGUGUAUCGCCCUGUGCUGUAACAACUUUCGCAUGGGGUAUUUUCAAGCCGCCUCGCGGCCUAUGGACGCCGUCUAGCGGAAACGCCACAAACUGUAUUUUUU